GCGCGCUGCGUCUGACGUCACCCUCUCCAGUCCGACUCUGUUGUUGUUGUUGUGCGGUGACGCGGCAAGUCCAGCCGGCCGAUCGUCAAAUGAGUCAGCAUCAAUAAUCUGCCUAUUUUUGGAUGUGGAGAUUAUUAUAGAUCUCCCAGCAAAACGCUCAGACAUCGAUUAGCGGUAAUAAAGCAAAAAUGGCGGUUCCUGCAACCCCAAACCUGCAGCUGAACACGGCGAGACAAAGCAGCCCUGUGAACUCUACGGAAAACGACAUCCACAUCGACGAGAGAGAGCUGGAAAACAUCACCAACCACAUCGAGGACGGCACCUCGCUGCCGCUGCACUCCCCGUGGACCUUCUGGCUGGAUCGGUCAUUACCAGGUACAACGGCAGCAGAGUGUGAAUCAAAUCUCAAAAAGAUAUACACUGUCCACACUGUACAGAGUUUCUGGAGUGUGUACAACAACAUUCCUCCUGUGUCCUGCCUCCCUCUGAGGUGUAGCUACCACUUAAUGCGAGGAGAAAGAAGACCACUGUGGGAAGAGGAAAGCAAUGCCAAGGGAGGUGUUUGGAAAAUGAAAGUGCCAAAGGAGAGCACAUUAGCUGUGUGGAAGGAGCUGCUAUUGGCUACAAUUGGUGAACAGUUCACAGAUUACUGUGCAUCAGAGGAUGAGGUGGUAGGAGUAAGUGUCAGUGUGAGAGAACGAGAAGAUGUGGUUCAGGUCUGGAAUGGAAACGCCUCUUUUGCCAAUGAGGCCAACGUUUUAGGAAGAAUCUACGAACUUCUUCCACAGAUAUCUUUUAAAGCAGUAUUUUAUAAACCACACGAGGAGCACCAUGCAUUUGAAGGUGGUCGCUCAAGACAUUAGCAAGCUUUGUACAUUCACCGCAGUUAUCCCUGUUUUUGGACUGAUCCUAGAAAAUGGACUGAAAACGGAGAAAGAAUCCCUCCUGGGCGAACAGAACACUUUGGUUUUGCGGUCGUUUCAUAUCACUUAGGGAAUGUUACAGCCCUGUUUUUAAGCUGUAAGCAUUUUAGAUAAUCCCUCCAUGCUUUUCAUAAGGAGUUUUCUCAUAACAGAUAUUUAGGCAAUAUCAAUAAAGCUCAUAUAGCCAGUAGCACAUGUAAUAUAAAGCACGAUUGAGCAAUGCCCCCCAUUUCUAGGUUUAUUGAUCAAAUGUGCAGUCCAGUGACAGUUGCUGCUUGUCAAAGUACAUACUCAUUGCGUUAGAAAUCCAUUAGGAUCAAACUUUUUAGGGCUGUUUUUCCUUAAAUGGUCUAAAAAAAGGUCUAAGGCUAAGCUUAAUCUGCUUCUGGGAACUCUUUUAUGCAAAAGUAUUGCACAUUUCUCCUUAGGAAAAAAACUCUUUGGCUUGGAAGUUAUUAAUGAUUUCAGAGCAAAUGUAAGUGGGUGUAACAGCCUUGGUUAUAACCUUAAGUAUACAGCAAAAUGCAUAUGCAAUUCCACGUUUUCACCCCCUAAAUUUGAUAUUUACGUAAAUUAAAAUAAUUCUGUAUUAAUCACAUGAGGGUAAAUCCUUGCAUCUUGCAAAUGGCUUUGCUUUUAUGAUUUAGAAAACUGUAUCCAGACCUCCUCCUGUAGUAUUUUAUGUAAGUCAAAGCUGUUUUAGAAUGGCGCCAAAGCACUGGUGAACUUUCUUUUUUGGGUACUGCCUCGUGGUCGAUAUCCUGCGUUUUGUUCUCUGUGUUGCUGUAGGCGCUUAGUGUCUCGUCUUUGUCAGAAUAGUCCAAAUGUUUCGUAUUUUCAUUGUCUGAAAUCAUUAAGUCUAUUUUUCUUAACUUAUGCCUUUGCUUCUAACUGCCUUUUUAUUCACUGUAAUCACACUGUGUCUUGUUAUUGUUGUAGUUUGUUUUGUGUUUGGAUGGAUGCUUAUGUUGGAAAACCUCUGAGUGGAGGGGAGCUAGUGUAGAUAUUGUCAAAUUAUGAAACUGAAAAUGACCUGUGUAAUCAUCAGAGCAUAUAUUUUUUAGUUUUUCAGUACCAAAGAGAUUUCCUUUCUGUUUUCCGGUGUUAUAAUUCCUCAUCGUCUGAGAUCUGCACGUGUCUGCGUCUUUCUGGACUUGCAUAGAGAGAGUUAAAAUCAUGUUUCUCAUGUUCGUCUUUACUGAUGUCUUUUCCAUUAGCUCACUUCCUGCUGUGGUGAUUUUAUUUAGGUUUGUCAAGACUGAAACUUCAAGCCCAAAAUGAAACUGAAUCAUGAAUCAGGUCCUUUAAUGCACUAAAAAGCACAAUUAUGAUUUUGUCCUUCAUGUGGGCAGGGAUGUGCAAAACAACCUGUACAUGCAGCUGACCUUUCAUAUUUCAGCCUUUUCCUACCUAUCACCGAUCUCUCAAUGAGAUGCAAAUACUGAGGUGGAUUAUUGAGUUUAUUUUUAGGAGCAUUUGUGUCGGUUUUCCAAGCUCCCAAUCAGGAUCUGAAACCUCAAACUGAUUGUCAAUCUUCUGGAAUGGUGCCUUGAGUUCUCCCGGGGCUUCACUCACAGGAUGUUUUGUUUAUCUCUAUGUAUUUAAUCAGUUACAUUAUUUUUUUUUCUUUUCUGUUGCUUAUAGGUUUUGAAAUAUUGAAUAAAUACAAAGCAGAAUCCGAAA